AUGACGCAAGGAGCCAUGACGCGAGGGGCAGAUACCCUCGAAGCUCAGCUGGAGAGCCUCAUACUGAGCCCGGAUGCCGUCGCACAGGAACCGCACCGGAGGUCGGCUGACGUCGAGACGGGAUCGAAUUCCCCGCGCGGCAGGCGCGAGGCAGGUCACGGGGCGGCGACGCAGCAGGCGAGCGCGCGGGCCCACAACGGGCGCCGCGGCGCCGGCGCCUGCACGGUCCGCGUCAAGCUCAUCGUGGGCGACCGCGUGAUCCCGGAGCUCGUCGUCGUCGAGGACCCCCGCGGCGCACACAGGCCGGUGGCCGCGCGACACAACGAGCGGGUCGCCUGUCCGCAUCGCGGCUGCCCUUUCGUCGGCCGCGGCCGCAACGCAGCCUGGCUGGUCUGCAAGCACGCGAGGGAGGUGCACCGCGUGCCAUUUACAUGUCGCCGUUGUUUCGCGGGCUUCCGGACCAAAAGCCAGCUUCUCACGCAUGAUGAGACCUGCGCCUCGACACAUGUGCCAGAAAUGGCCCCGCCCGCCACGAACCGGACCGUCGACCGGCGACACAGCCGCCCUGCACACGUACCGCCACCACCGCCGCCCCGCCGCGGCGUCACUGUCGCGGCCGCUGCCCCCGCGACACUUCAGCGCGUCAGCCCGCCUCCGCCGCGGGGCGCCGCGCCGCCGCCUGCGGCCUCCCGCGUCGUUGACCUCUCGGUCCCUGUGCCGCGGGAGCACGCGGACCGCCGCGGCGCGCCGGUCCGCGGGGCUGCGCAGCGUGAGCGGCAAUGGGAGAGGCCGGGGCCUCUGGAGCUGGACGAGGCGGACCGGCGCGUGAUUGUGCUGUUCGACGUGAACGGCGUGAUGACGCACCGGUCGGACAAGGGGGGAAGGAACUACCACCCGCGGCCGGGCGCGGAUCGUUUGCUGCGCAUGGUGCGGCGGGUGAGGGACGUGGCGCGGGUCGGAGUGUACUCGAGCGCGAUGUACAAGAACGUCGCGAAAGCGAUCAGGAAGCUGGAGGAGGCGGCGGGGUGCGCGCGCGACGAGCUCUUCGACCCCGUGCUCGUCCUGACGCGCUCGCACGCGCAGCUCCUGCCCGAGCGCGUCAGGCGGGAGUGGGGACUCAAAGGCUGGGACACGUGGAAGCCCCUGGGGGACUACUUCCCCACGCGCCUCCACCGCGUCGUGCUCGUCGACGACGACGUCCACAAGUCGCUCCCCACGGAGCGCGGCAACCUCGUGCUGGUGCCGUCGUGGGACGGCGGCGAGGACGACGGCGUGGUGGGCGCGCUGACCGCGGCGCUCGAGGAGACGCUGCUGGGGCUGCCGGAGGACGCGGACGUGCGGGAGCGGACGGCGGCGAUGCAGGCGCGCCUGACGGGCGCCGCAGCUGAUGCGGCCCGCGUCUCUCUGUGUCUCUGA